AUCAUGAACGUUUUUCUUGACAAGUGACCAUUGUUACGCAUUUUCGCGAAAAAUAAACAGAACGUUUUAGGUAAAGUAAAACACAAUUUCCUAAACGAACCGUUUGGUCGCGAGGAAAAUUUCGUGCGCGAUGUAAAAAGUCGAUCAGCGAUUUCGGGCGAAAGUUACGAAUUUGGCCACCGAGUUUGGUUUGAGCGGGGUGCCUUCCUGUCAAACAACACAACAACAAUUCGUCUGGCCAUUAAGUAUUAACAAAAAACAUGUUAAUACUCUAAAAAAGUGGUAAUUUAAUUGAUAUUGAGUCGGCUCAAAAAUGUUUGAGGCGGACGAGAGUGUGGACAGCCCACCCAGUUAUUCCAGUGGGGACAUAGUUUGGGUUAAGCUUAGUGGUUGCUGGUGGCCUGGGGAGGUGAAGAAUCAGGCUGAUUUGCCUAGUGAUCUUGUAUCAGACUUUAAAAAGCCUCCUUUGGUUAUUGUCAAGUUUUUUGAUGAGGAUUCUUAUGAGUAUGUCAAAAAUUGGUCUGGCAUCCAUCCUUAUAAUACUGAGAAGAAAACAGAUUUUAUCAAAAGGGGCAUGGUGGGGUAUCGGGCAAAGCUUGCACACAUGGCAAAAUUCCCUAAGGACAUAGGGACUGCAGAAGAGAGGACAGGUGGCAACCCAAAUAUUCUUAGUGAACCAGAGUUUUUGCCUCCUAAGAAAAUAAACCUUGAUGAAAUUUUUGGUACUCCUAGCCCUAAGAAAAUUAAAAAACCAAAUGCAAAUGAACCAUUGGUGACCCACAGAAGAUUCUUAGGAAAUGAUGAUUACAAAGCUAUGAUCUGGAUACAAUAUCCUGGCAAAGACAGGAAGCCAGAUAGUGAGGAUGAAGAAAUAAAAGAGCUUAAUAAAGACACUCGGCAAGACUUAUGUUGUGAUAUCUGUAAUUUCCACACUAAAAAUACAAAAGCUUUGGUUUACCAUAGUGACAUUCACUUGAAUGGAGCUACAGGUAAUUCCUCAAAAAGAAAAUCGAAAAAGCCUAAAGAUCAUGACUUGGAUGAUGUGGAUGCUGUCAGGAAAUCUGUGAAGUCUACUAAACCCAAACAACCAAAGAAAAAGAAUGUCACCGUUAAUAUGAAGCCCGUAGAUGGUUUUGAGGACUUGUUGCAAGAUUGGGAAGAAAGUGAUGAAGAAGGUGCUAAUGAGGCUGGCACAAAGAACAAGAGUGGUAGUGAAACUGAACCUACUAUCAGCAUAGAGAAUGGAGAUACGUCAAGUACAACUCCAAAAUCACCUGAUGCCGAUACCACGAAAACCCCUUCAGUAUCAAAGUCUCCAGAAGGGAAAAUUACUCAGGAUGAUAUUAAAAAUUGUUUUGAUUUUGACGAGGAAGAAGAAGAUGAGAAUUUUUCGUACAAACAACAGCUGGCUGGAAAUAGAAAAAUUCCCAGAGUGAUUCCAGAGAAACCAAGAGCCAGUAUUACGGAAUUGUUAGAAAAGGAAAAAUUAGACAUUGAUAAAGAGAUAGGGAAGCAAGACGAAAAAAAUGAUAAGGACUCGGCCAAAUCUACUGAAGAAGUUAUAGAAGAAGAAGUAAUACUGGACGACGGCAAAUUAAUAGAUGAUUCUUUAAAUAACACAUUUAAAGAACUUAUGGAAGAAACUGAGGUUCCCCUACUAGAAGAAAUUACACAUACUUUAAAGUCGGAGCAAAAUUUUCAUGAUGCCCGCACCAUAAAAUUUCCUGACAAAGGAGGUACUCCCUCAAAAGGUGGAGAGUCAACAAAAAUGGGUAGUACCUCCAAGAAAAAGUUUGUCACUUCCUUUGAUGACUUCGAGGCCGGAUUUAAGAAAGUUAUGGACGAACAGGAAACCCAACAGCAGAAGGCGAGAGAGUACUUGCUAAAAUCCUAUAAAAUACCAAGAAAAUCAGGAUCAAAAUCCCCAGAAAAAAAACCGUCAUUAAUCCAAAAGAAAGAGGUAGCUCCUCAGAAAGUGGUGCCUGUCCAAAAACCGGCAGCCAUUCAGAAAGAAGAAUUAAUAGUCCCCAAAGAACAGUCAGAAAAUACAAGCAAACGAAAAUCCAGACGUUUCAAACCAGAACCACCCGCGGUUAAGGAACCAGAAACAAUUGCUAGCUCACAACCGAGAUCUAAGCGACGUACCGCCCUCGUCCAAGAACAAGCGAUCGAAGUUUCAAAGGAGGAAGUGGUCGUACCCCAAGAAGUCUCCGAAAAAACUUCAGAACUCGAUGCCGAGAUCGAAGCAAUAAAGAAAAGCCUCGAAUUAUCUUCGAAAAUCUCGGACGAGAGCGUCGUCGUCAAAGAAAGAUCUGAACCCAGCGAAAUGUCAUUGGAGCAGCUCACUAGAGAACUGGAAGGUGGCGCUGACAGUCCCGUUAUAAAACCGGCUAAAGUCGCUGAAGAUAACAGACGUAAAACUAAACGGAAAAGUGGCUUAGACCAUACGCCUGCCUCUACUAUUUCCGAAAAGAAUAAUAAAUCAAAGCGAGAAAAAAGUAGUCCACGUAAAUCAAUUAGUCUGAGCGACUUGCCCGAAAAACUCAGUGAAACUGAUGAGCUGAAAAGAAGACCCUCUAGAAGUUUGCGAGAUAAAGGGAAUAAACUUGAAACUUCUGAAAAGCCUUUACAAGAUCCUGAAGUCAAGAAACAUAAAGCGGCAAUAAAGGAAUCAGUUGAUGCUGAUGAAGUUAGAACAGAACCGACUCAAGAAGCUUUGGAAGUUUCUGUUCCAGAAACCAAACAGGAACUUUCAGAGGGUGCACUAGAAAGUAAGAAGGGUUCAAGAGUGACCAGGUCAGCCAAAAGCGGUGCAAAAGGUAAUAGCGUUUCUGAUGUCAAAUCUGAAGAUGUUCAGUUAAAAGACAAUGAUCCAUCAUCACAACACCUUACGGGAGAUUUGUCGAGUACCAGUAUAAGUUCUGAAUUAGAUUCCUUACCAUUAGACGAACGAGUUGAUAAGAAGUCAAAACCAGACGAUGAGGUCACAGAGAAGAAAAAUGAAUCCCGGGAGCAAGAGGAGUCUGAAACACUAACUUCUCGUCCAAAUACAAACCUUAGUGAAGAAUCAAAGGCAAAACCUGAAGAUUUAACAAAAGAGGUCAAAACUUCAAAAAGGAAAAAGCUUCGCACCAGAUGGGGACCUAAAGAGAAAACUGAAGAAGCUUCAGAAGAUUCUCAAGCUCAGAUCAUAUCAGAUGUAAUUUCCACUCCAGACCUAAAAGAAGAAUCUAUAAUAGUUCAAGACAAAGGAGAACCACCUGUUAAGGAAGAACAGAAUGAAAGCAAAAAAUCUGAAAUUAAAUUUUCACAGUCUGAACAAGAGCCUAUUAUAAUAAAGACUGAUGUGGUGCAAGAAACCUUUGCAAAUGAAAAUUUAUCUGUUGUGCCUGAAGAGGCAAAGUCUCUGGAGCAUAAAACUGACGUAGUUGAAACUAAAGAAGCAGACAUUUCUGUGUCCGAUACCUCAAAAAGUUUGCAAGAAGCCUCCGAAGCCAUCUUAGGCGAAACAUCAACACGAACCACGAGAUCCAGAAAAAAGUGUCUGAAAGACGAAGUUCCCGCAGUAGAAAAAGGUAUUACGACAAAUAAGGAUUCUAAGGAUAUCACGGACACAAAAGAAGUCUCUAUCGUUGAGCCAAUCAAUGAAGCUACAGACAGUAAAACGCCAUCAAGGGUUACAAGGUCCAGAAAGAUUUCUUUUAAAAUGCAUCUCCCUGUUGAAGAAACCGAGACUCUUGAAAUUGAGAAGUUAUUAGAAGUUAACAAGGAUAGAGAAACAGUUGCAGAAGCUUUAAAAGAAGAAUCGAUCAGUACAAGGCUAAGGAGACGAUUCGAUAAAGCACAUGCCUCAGAACCCAAUGCUAAAAUACACGAACCUGAGGAUAUCAAAGAUAUUUCUUUACCAAAUAAUGUAGACGUUCCUCAGAACUCAAACAAAACAGUUACGGAAGAAACUUCUUGUGAUGCUAAAGAACAUUUGCUCAAAAGUGAAAAAUCCCGACGUUCUAGGAGGUUCGUACCUGACACGGAACUUGAAAUUGAGAAAUCUUUAGAAGCGCCGAAUAUAGAUGAUUUAGAAGCCAAAAAAGAGGAAAUCAUUGAUAUCAAACCUCGGAGGUCUACAAGAAGCUCCCACAAAGAAUCUUAUGUAGAAAUACACCAAGAGAGCUUAAGCUUAGAAGAAAGUAAGGACACCAUUGAAGUCCAGAAAACAACGAUUGGAAGUAUAGAAGAAGUUUUUGAGGCAAAAGAAGAAGUGCUUGGAAAGAACACAAGAUCGCAUAGGUGUAAAACAGCAGAUAAUAAAGAUAAACCUUUGAUCGAGGAAGACGAAUUAAAUAUUUCCGUGGAUACUGAACAGAAGGCGGCUGUAAAAUCAAAAUCGAAAAAAAGUAAAUCAAAAGCAACAGCGAUUGAUCAAAAAGAUGAAGUUUCCGAACAAGAGUCGGCGAAAGAAAUAUCUCCCGAAGUUGAUAACAAACGAUUAUCAAGGUCCGCAAAGAAAACCAGAAACAUUAUAAAACAACUUUGUGACGAGACCACCGAACCGGCAACAGUUAAUGAGAGCAAGAAGGAUAUUCCUGAAGUCCUGGGAGAUGUAGUGAACUUAAACCCGGACUCUUCUGACGUUACUAAAUCUUGUGAUGAAGAUUCUAGACAUAAGCCUAAAAUAAGAAAAUCUUCAAGGAAAAGUUCUUCCAAUGAAGUGAAAAUAACAGAUUCUAAAGAAACCGUACAGCAACUGACGGAAAAGGCUUCUAUAGAGUCGGUAGUUGAUGCGAAAUCUUUAGAUUCAAUGCACGAAUCUAAAAACAUAGAAAAAGAUACAUCAGACUUAAGUUUGCCCAAUUUGGAAACUAAAGAUAAAUCACUUGAACCAGAAAUAUCUUUAAAACGAUUAUCUGAGGAACGUAAAUCAACAAGAUCAUUAAGAUCCAGAAAAUGUUCAUCGAAUAAGCACAAUGAACCUAAAGUGCCUUCUGAACCAGAAGUACCAUUGAGUACCCAAGAAGUUUUACCAGAAAACCUCGAAUUAAAACGAGAAUUCGAUGAAACGUUUGAUUCUAAACCGAAAAUUGCUCCAGAAAUUAUUGAGAAAAAUUCAUACUCUGAUGUAAGGGUGAAAGCAGAAAGCGAUGAUAUACAGCCAGAGAUUAAAAAAGACUUGGAUGGUACUGAGGCAGUAUCUCAAAAUGUGUCUCCUAUGGGGCUUAUUGGAAGGGUCGAAGAUAUUCCUUUACCACCAGAACCUGCACAUAAAGCAAACCAAUCUGAAAAAUCCGCUAAACCAGCCUUGAAAAUUAAAUUUGAAGAAAUCGCUUCAGAGUUUCAUUCAACCAUCUCAGAAAACAAUAUAAAAUCCAAUAAAGAACAAAUCAUAUGUCAGCAAGAGACCGGCAAAGCACCAGAAGAAGAAGAGUCGAAAAGACCCAAGAGGCGAAAGUCUAGAAAUAUUCCUCAAGCGUCAGAAGUUAUACGGUUUCCUGACGUAGCAGCAAUACAGCUUCCACCUCUUGAAGAUAUACCUUUACCAUCUGAAGAACCCAAAACUGUAUCGAAACCUCGCAGAUCCAGACGUAAUAUUAUCGUAGAAGAAGAAGAAGUUAAAUCAGAAGCUGCUAAACCUGAUUCAGAGAGUUUACACGAAAAAGUUGUAACGCUUGACCCUUCCGAAAGUAUUCAAUCAGAGAAUAAGGUUGAAGAUGACUCACUACAGCUGCCUACUAAAUUAGAAAGUGUCGCUAGCGAAUCUGAAUUAGAUUCUUUAUCCCUAGCCGAUCGAUUGAACUUAAAAUUUAAAGACGAUGUAGCUCAGCUUGAGAAGCCUUGUGAAACACAAGAUUCCAUGCCAACUCCAGAAAAUCAAAGUGAAGCAAAAAAGGGUGGCAAAUCGUCUUUAGUAAAAAAGCGUCACGGAAGAAGCCGCUGGGAACCGAAGGUAGAAAGUGAUGUUCCAGAAGUAGUACAAGAUUUUACGGAAUCCAGUAACAGUGAAAUCAUUUCUACCAGUAAAGAAAUCAGAACAGAAAUUGUUCAAAAAGAUCCUGAAGAUCAAGUAAUCCAAGCCAAAAGCUCGUUAUGUUUUGAAGAAGAGCUGCCAAUUAGCAAAAGGCCUAGAAAAGAAGAACUUUUAGAGUCAGAGCCAUCUGCCUUAGAGGUCAGUACACUGAAAGAUGAUCCAAUAGCAUCUGUUUGUGUAGAUGAAAAGCCUUUGGAGCCUGAAAGGUCAAAUAUGCCAACAGCUGAAGUGGAAAAACUCAUAACUGGUGUGAUAAGUGACAAAAUUUACGGCAGCAAGUCAAAAGGAACCGCGUUAAGUCCAGCAAGAAAGACACGAUCGGCUAAACCAAGAAGCAGGUGGGACAUGGUGCCCGAAGUCGAAACUUCUAAAGGGUUUGAAGAAAACACCGAGUCAGUAAAAGAAAUUAAAACCCUUGACUCCGAUAUUAAAUUAUCAACGUCUCAAGCACAAACUGCUAAAGAUAUCGGCAUAGCAUCUACAGCUGAAAAAGUUUUAAGCGUUGAUGCGUGUCUAGAUGCUGAAAAAGUUCAACAAAUUGAAAGUACUACUGACUUAUCGGUAUCUCAAGCACAGCCUGGUGAUGUUGAUGUAACUCCUACAGUUGAUAAAAGUGAAAAUGUUUCAAGGGCUGAGGAAACUCUAGAAACCGAACCAGCUGCAAGCGAAUCAUCUGGUCAAAUUAAGAGUUCAACCGUCGAAGAAACUUCAAAGUCCGAUCAGUUUGAGUCUAAGGAUCAACCGUCAGUUUCAAAUGAAGACCAAGCGUUUUCUUCGGAAGUUAACCAGAAACCGGUUAAAGAAGACAUGAUUAUGGCCGGUUGGGGUUCGGAGGGCAGCUUGGAAUACAGCAGCUCAGAUGCCUUAACCAACCUAAAAAACAAAACGUCGAGAGACAUCAUUUUGGAGGAUUGGGCCUCAGAAAGUACCGACGAGUCGUUUGACUUACGUGGAACGAAAUCUUUUGACAUGGAAGCUGAUACGAUGUUCGUCGAUCAGUCUUUCGGACCGGAAAUGGAAGAAUUAGUUGAAUCUGAACAAACCUCGUCAGAUGUUCAGUCGAAUUCAACGGACUUACAACUGGGAACAUUCGGGUUUUCCGAAAGUUCUGACUUAAAUAAGGAAACCUCGAUGAUAUCUGCUCCCAUUUUGGCUGAAAAUUUAAUGCCUAAUAUUUCUCUUUCCGAAAUACCUCUGCCAGAGGAAUGCGUUAAACCUGUGAACGAAACUGCAAAUAUAAAAAGUCCAGGUCUGGAAAAUAAACCAGAGUCAACGUUUUCAAGUAUUGAAUCGAUAGGAAUAGAAAAUAAUUUAGCCAUUCAACCACCAAUUAGGGAGGAAGUGGUCGAGACUUCAGAUGUGCUUGAAAAACAUCAAAGUGACUCACAAACUCAACUUGAAGAAGAAAAUAAAAUAGCAACACAUGCAGAAGAAUUUGAGAUGGCCACCACCCAAGAGAUUUCAAUUGUGGAAACUUCUGUUUUAGACGAAGUUGCCAUUAAAUCUCUGGGUAGUUCUUUGGAAAACGCUGGUUAUAAGCUUCCAAACCAGUUUCCGGUUCAGACAGAGGUCAGGGAAGCUUUAGAACCGCUGGAGAAACAUGAAUCUAAUGAGGAAAGUAAUCAGGUGGUUCAAAAAGAGUUGAAUUCUGAAAAAGAAAAUGCCACAUCAUCAGAAUUAGAAGUUCCACUGGACCCAGUACAGUCUGAAGAAACAGACGUAGAGAAACAUGAGACAAACAUAUCAAAAAGUUUCGAGGAAAUGAAUAGUUCUGAGGACAUCCAAGUGAGCGCAUUGGAAUCGAAAUGUUUACUUGAAGAUUUGUCAGAAGAGGGAAAAACAAUGGAAUUAGAGGUCGCUGAAGUAAAAAAUCCCCAAGAAGCGUUAGAAAACGCCUCCAAUACUAUUGAAGAAACUGUAACUCCGGAUAUUACGCCUGAAGUUGCUAAUAUUACUUCAGAAGCAGAUGCUGAAUCAGAAGAUCUUUCAAGCCAAGUUAACCAUGAGGUUGCUUCGGAAUCUUCCGAAACCAUUACUUCUGAGGAGAGACAUAUCCAUUCUGAGAGUGAAGCUUUCCUUAAUCUAUCGGAAGUUGACGUAGUUUCAAGAGACAAUAUUGGACAAGAAGUCGCAGAGCCAGCUCAAGAAAAGCAUUCCUUUGUUGAAAAGGAAUCUGAGGAGACUGAGAAACCCGGAAAAUGCAGUGUUUCUGAACAAAGUAACGCUGAAAGUCAAGAAUCUGUUGAGGAAACACACAAGACACUUGUUCUAAGUGAAAAACCAUUGGAACCUUUUGACUUUGUUGAGGAAUCUAACGAUGACACAUUAUUGUUAAGAAAAGGUCCUACCUCUGACCAGACUAAACUUUCUAAAUCAAAUACCAUCGCAGAUUUAUCGCCUGAAAGUUCGGAUGACGUGGUUGAUACGCCAAAAGAAAGCGGCAAUUUCCAGCAAGAUAUCGCCGGAAAUAUGUCCCAACUUGACGAUACUAAAACUUCUGCCUUACCUCCCAAAAAGAAUAAGUGGCCAAGGCGCCCUAGCUAUAGUGUUAAAGAAGCAGAGGAUGAUGCUUUAAAGAAAACUUUAGUUGACGAAAACGUGACAAAAACUGAAGAAAAGACUGAUGCUGAGCUUAUUCUGCCUUUAAAGAAAUCAAAAAGGGCCAGCGAAUUGGUGGCAUUCUCAACGGAAACGUUUGAAAAGAAAACUUUGAUAGACUUUCCAUCUUUCGACGAGUCGUUUAUGUCCACCAGCUUGAGAGAUAACAUCGAGGGUAUCAUAAAAGAAAUUGAUACAAGCGUUGCUAGUAUACAAUCAGACUCUUUAGAGGCGAGUAACUCAAGCCUCAGUGGAAAACCGUCGGAAAACUAUUUGGAAGAACCAAAGAUGAGUGCAAUAAGUAGUGUACCUCCAAAGAAGAAGAAAAUCGCGUUACCCCAAGAGGACACUGUUAAGGUUACGGAAAAUACUGUUGUCACAGCUGAGACAGUUAAGGUUGAUAUACCACAGCCUCCGAAGAAAAAAAUGCAAAAACUAUUUGAAGCGAUUCAGGAGAAAAGUGAAAAAUGUGACAUACCACUGAUGUCUCCACUCGCGAAAAAGAAAAGUUUUCAGUUUCAACACGAGGAUCUUGACGAACGGUUACAAAGUGAAUCUAAUGAAAAUGAUAAUGACUGUGACAGCCAAAUUGACCUUUUAGGGCGCAAGCGUCUUUUUGAGGAAAAAGGGGCUUUAGAAGACAAUGUGCAAGCUAAGAAAGGGAAGCUUGAAAAUACAUCUUCAGAAGAAAAGAGUGUAUUAAGUAUUGAGAAAACUACUGAGCCUCAAACAGAUAUUAGGGAAGUUACCCAAGAUAGUAAAGAACAAGAUUCAUUAUCUCCUGUUCCUAACAAAAAGUUGCCAGCAAACAUCGCUAGUUACUGGGAUUACGAUAAGAAAAGCGAAAAGACUAGCUUAGAUGUUACUCAAGAAUCUAGUGAGCAAAUGCUGGUUCAACCAACUGAACAGUUUAAAAACAUUAAAAAGGCUACCAAUUUUAAAAAACUCGCUUUAAGCCAUCAAGUGCGUACUUCAAAUAAGCCCACUACUCCAGAUCAAACUCCUUCUGAGGAUAAUAAAAUUACUACUUUACCUCACGUUAUCCCCGGUAUAAUUCCUAAUGAACCCGAGCUAGUCUCAAUUUCUGUUGCUCCAACGGUUAUGUCGGAACAAGACUUGGCCGACGCUCAAGUAGAAAUAACAACCGACAAAGUUAUCAGCGCAAAAUCGACUUUAGUUCCCGCAAUUCAGCAAAUUAUUAAACGGGACAGUCCCGCCGGAUCUCCGAAGUCCGAGACUCGCGGUACCGAAUUUACCACGAAAGCGAUGCUGAAAGAGUUCGAUAACAAAUCGCUAAAGUCGCAGCCGAACACCUAUUUUUACAAAUCCGAAUUGUUGGACAUCUUGGAAGGGAAUUCGAACUCGUCUACCAAUUCUACGGCCUCUAGUGGUUCGGAACAAAAGUUUAAAACCUCGUUUGAUAACUACGACAAGAACAAAGGGACCGUGCAAGGAAUUAUAGAUUUCGAGGAGGAAAUACCAUCUCAGAUUGUUGUGUCGAGUAAAGCGACUGCAGCAAGUGUCCUGCUGGAUUCACCUAAAUUGUUGGAACGACUUUCUAUGCCCAGCGAUCAGGCGAAGGUUCUAAGUAACAAAAUAUUGACUGCAAAAGACACAAAAUCUGUUGAGGAUAUCCCUAAGAAGGUGAUAGGAAAGGGCACAAAAGUGGGAGUGCCGAAACCUGGUCAAAAAAUCCUGAUAAAGAAACCUAGGGCAACAGGUAUACCCAAACCAGUAACCAGCAAGCCGAUUAUCUUAUCUGAGCAAAUUAUAAGACCUGCAAAUACAUCUAGCACGACAGAAAACCUUCAAAACCCAUCGAUAGGGCUAAAACGGCCUUAUGAAGAUAUAGAAGAUGUGGAAAAGGCAUUUAUUAUAUCAAAAGUAGCGAAAACCGAGUCUAGUGAGGAAUUGGCAUCUUCUACUGUCACAACUAAACCUGGAAAAAGUCGGAAAACCAGCGGGAAAGCUAUGAUUUUACAGCAAACUAUUAUUACACCUAAAGGUGAAAUUAUUCCUCAAUCGCAUCCCGUCACUACGGCGUCAUCUUCCGUAUCUGAAAAGCCAAACCAACAAGUUACUUCAGACGAUGCAGUAUUUGACAUUAAUGCUAUGCCCAUUGUGUUGUCCGAUGACCUCUUAACUCCCGAAAGUAUUCAGAACAUGCCCGUGGUGCUUUCUGAAGAGGUAACGCAGACUGCUGCGCUGCCAACGACACAACCGCAAGAAAAAGUAGUGCCGCCGGUAGCUAUACAGAAGAAGGUAGUAGGACCACUUCCUGGAAAACAGCACGCCCUAUUAAAAUCAAAUCAAGGACACAAACCACGAAUUCUGCAAAACUCAUUGGCCCAGAGUCAAGGAAAAAUUACAAAACCGAUCUGUACUCCGGCUUUAAUUGCCACAGGUACUACUCCGGAUGGCAAAACUGCCAAGUAUGUGCUGGUUCCGCCAAAGGGUACCCCGAUUCCAGAUGUUAAACCAAUAAAAUCUUCAAUAAUAAAGAAAUCAGCGGUAAUCCCGCAGUCGAAACUUACCACCCCUGCGACGCUUUCGGCCGCAUUGACUUUACCCGAAUCUAAUAAUCCGGUAGUUGGGAACAAAAUAAUGAUAGUGACCAAUGCGCAGGGGCAACAGACGCGUUUGGUGCUGACGCCGCAACAGCAGAAGGCUUUUAUGGGACAAGGAGGCUCCAAAACGAAAACCAUUAUUAAAGGGACUUUCCCGAAAGCGUUACUGGAAACGGCUAUUGCGGCCACCGCGCCCACGGGGUCACAGGUUGCUAAGAGCAUUGCAAUUACUUUACCGGGUACGACAACACCGAUGGCCGCUCAUCCGAGCGGGCUACUAAUGCCGGCGACUAAACCCGUUGCCAAACCAAUAGCUCCCUCGAAGAAGAUUGCACAAAGAGCCAAGCCUCAGAAGACUAUCUUGAUCAAAAACCAACUAGGACAAACGGUAAGAAAAAUUCAGGGCACAGAUGAUGCGGACUUGGACCGACAGGUGGCGGAACAGUUAGAAGCCAUCAAGGCUAGUGCACGACUUCAACAAGCAGUGAAACCUGUGUCGGAGGUCGCAAAUAUCGCAACCAGACCAAUGGUAAACGUUAAUAAACCACCAGCCAUUAGGCGACCCCAAGGGAAAAAAAUUGAGCCGAGUAGGCCUAAAUUAACAGUUCCUGCGGCAGCAACUUUACCAACUAUUCAAAAAGAACCCGAGAAACCACAGGAAGCCAAAAUACCCUCUCUUUCGCCCAUAGCCGCCCACGAGAGAGUACCACAGACUACAACAUCCUUACAACACAUAGACAGGCAGCAAACGUCACUACCCCGAAAAAGCCCCCUUAAUCUGGCCGCUAGUGUGCCAACUAAGCCAACAGAAACUAGUCAUAAUCUUGUACCUGGUAAACCGGACAGCACGACUGCACAGAAAGAGGCGGAAACUAAAAGGCCGGAUAGUCCCAUUAGACAAGUUGUAAUUCAGGAUGGUUUAGGCAAUUUGACUACUGUGACUGUCGGCCAAAUACUUGCAAUUCCAAGUGAAACGGUUGAUGGCCAACCGCAGUCUUACGUACUAGUAACUGUCGACGAAUCCGGCAAUUUAACUGCUCUUAAUAAUGACGCCUUAUCUCAGCCAGAUCCUAGUUUGGGGGUGGGCGGUGAUGUUAAUAAUGUAGUGUUGCAAGUGGACCAGGGUCAGGGAACCGUUGUUACGAUUAAGCCGGCUGAGAGCGCGGUGGCGCAGUCACCGCCAACCGAAGAAACGAAAAAGACUGAAGAAAGAUUACGAUCAGAAGUGCCUAUUAAGCCAGACGCUUUAAAGGAAGCUGUGCCAACCGAAGAACCACUUUUGUCGGAAAUGCCAUUUGUGGAACAGCAAGUUGUCAUUGGUGAAGGAAUCAUUCCGGGAGAUUCUGGGGGCCAACAGCUGCUGUUAUCGGGCGAUCCGGUAGCGACACAAAAGUUUCUCGAAUCUCUUUCGGACGGAUCCACGGACUUGGCAAAUAUUUUGGCAAACGCAGAGGGUGGCAGCGUCAUGAUCCAGGCCGAUGGGCAAAAUAUUUUGAUUAGGACAACUCCGGCCGCACAACCUGGUAUGGCGAUUCCUGAAAGUAGCGAGGGGGGAGGAAAUCCGAUUUUCGCAACCCACAAACCGAAUCAAGACAUCCUGGCCGCGGCUUUAGCCAACACCGAUGUGUUUCCACAUUCUGACUCGUCCUUGGUCAGUCAAGGUAAAGCGAGUCUGCCCACGUCCCAGCUUAGUCCGGGCGGUGCGGGCGCCUUGUACCCGAUGCACGUGGGAAACGUCCUCGAAACGAGCUUAACCCUGAGUUCUCCGAUUAUGACUCCGUUGGAAGUGCCCAGCACGAAUAGUAAGAAAAUUGAUGAUGAGGCUGAUAUUUUAAAUCAAGUACCAAAGAACGUUGAUCUACCAAUCACAAUCACUGACCCAAACAUCUCGCAAACGGUGGCGCACCAGUCGGCCGGACUUAUGGAACUGAAUCUACCCAUUUCCGAAACUGGCCCCACUGUUGAAAUGAACAGUCCCUCGUAUUCGUACUCGUUGCCGACGUUGGACGAUUCAGUCGGUAUUUCACAGAAACAUUUUGGUAGCAGUAUGCCCCUGCUCACUGAAGAUCUUGAGGAUGCGAAUUCGAUUUCGGCCAAACAAAAACCCUUCAAAAGUUCCAACGACAAGGAGGACAAGUUCAGUCAUCGUUUAGGCUCAUUUUCAACCCACACCGAUGAGUUGGCAUCGUCCAGGGAAGAGGUGGUUAAAACCAGCAGUGUCUUUGACAUCGAGUCCAUGCCCAUAUUAACGGACGACGUUAUAGAAGACAGUGGGUCAAGUAUGGGCUCGACAAAACCUCAAAGGUCCUCACCGAAAAUCAUUGAGCGGGAUUUGGAAGACGAAGGUCUAUCGACGUUGGGCGGCGAAAUGUGCAGCUCGCUGAGCGAGCCGCCUCCCGACAUGUUCGACUUGUCCUCCUUCAUGACCAAUAGGAAAGAGGAGGACCAGGUGUCCAGCGAUAUGUCCUCGUUGCCGGAACCGGAAACGUUGUCGAUUAAUAGUGAGAAUUCCGGCGAGAUUCCGUUACAGCCGCCCAUAGUUGCGAACUUAAGGGACCUGAAACGGACGAGCGAUAGUGAGAGUUCCUCGGAUGAUAAGCGGGCGCGACUCGAGUGAUAGAACUGCAAUAGGACGUAAGAUAUUAGAGACAUUUUUAUGUACGAGUAUGUAAAUAGCGUGUAUAUUGAGUGGCAAAAAAACAAACAACAGCGGGCAGGGAACGCCCGAAUUAAUACUAAUAUUAACGUUCUUUAGGUUUAGUCACAUUACUCGGACAGAAAAUAUAUGCAAAUAUUUCGCGGUAGUUGUCAUUGCGUAAUAUUAGCAUUAUGUAUUGUUAAAAUAUUUUCAUUUAAAAUUACUGUUCGAUAGAUGUUUAUUGACUGGUUCAAUAUAGCGUCCGGCAUAACCAAGGACAUACAGGGCAAAAAAAAUUGUUUGUUUAGAUAUGACAGUUUAAAUGAAUGAUGAGCUUACAACAGGUAUACAGGGUUACCAUUUUACUCUAUGAACCCUGAUUUCUCCCAAUAUAUUUGGUCUGCAAAAAAAAAUUCUUCAUGGUGAUGGGGCCAUUGAAUUUGAUGGUUGAGGUCAAUUCUGAAGGUUAAGAAAGGUCAUUUUUUAAAAUCGGUUUUAUUUCGACACUGGAUUGAGAAAGAGCAAAAAUGCUACAACCCUUAUCUGACCUUGGCAAGGUCAAAUGCCCAUAAAUUUAAAUAUUAAAGAUAUGAUCUAGGCUAAGCAAAUGUUGCACGUGUCUUGGUCAAAUCAAUCGACCGCAAAGGCAAAGGUGUCUACAACUUUGUACAGAGUCUUUCCGCAUACAUUGACCCCCUCUCUACAGGGGUUAGGUGAAAAGUAAACAAUAAACAUUUUAUACAAAACUUUUGGGGUUUGACUGUACAUUUUUGGAUCCGGUGUAAAUUUUUUUUCUUUUAGAAAUGUCAAAUUUUCAGUCAGGUUUUUCUUGGUCAGUUCUUUCUAAAUUACAUAUUGAAAAUCUUAAUAGGCUGUCUAUUGUUAGUGUUUGACGUUUAUUAGAAAACAAAUGAUUCAAAAGACAUCAUUUUGUCGUUUUGUAAGAUAGAAUAAUUAAUUGAAGUUCUUUAAGAUUUAAUAUUUAUUAAGCGAUAUUUAGUUUAAUUUUUAAAUACAUUAUUUUAAUAAAUAUUUAACUGUAAAUUAAAUCCAAAUAAUUAUAACUAAUCUAUAUGACUACCACCAUUAUUAAUACAAUUUAUAAAAUCUUUUUUUGUAUCGUAUUAAUUAUAGAUUGUCUAUGAUAUUAGUAAAUAUAAUUUAUAAUAGAAUUAUUUGUUCCCUAGUAAAUGUCAAACAAUAAGAAUGCCUACCAAGAUUUUCUAUUUUAAUUUUUUUUUUUUAAUUUGGAGCCCGAUAUUUUUAAAACGGUUUAAUUAAAAGUAAUAGAAAUCAUAUAUAUUUCGCACCUUCGGUAAGACAAGGGCAUAAUUGCGUUUUUUCAAAUUUUACAAUACAGCACUUUAAAGUAUUUUUUUGCGUUUAAUACCGUAUUUCUUCAAUGGUUUUUGGAAUGAGGACAUAUCUUCCACAGAACGGAAAUACCUCUAAUUUUUUAAUAUAGUAAAAAAGAUUAAAAAUACACAUUUAUGCCUUUGUCGUACCAAAAUAUAAUUUCUUUUGUAAUUAUGGCCGUAAUUCAAGCUUAAUUUUUUGAGCUAUUUGUAAUAAAAAUUACUUUCUUUUCUAAAAAACGUUUUAUUAGCAAAAAGUAGGAACUUAUUUAUAACUAAUAAUAUAACUAAAAGUACACAUAUUUAUUUUUAUUAAAGUUUGUAAUUAUGAUAAUACUCAGUCACCAAAAGUUACUGUUAGCUGUUAGGUUUAAUCGUGAUUCGUCGGGUUGCAGGUUGUAUUUUAACACAAGAUGCCAGAAAGUCUCUUUGUCUUUGAUGUGUUCCUAAUUCCCAGUACUUCUUAAAAAUUGUAUUUCUUAUUUCAACUGAAAUUUUAGUGGAGCACGAACAUGCCGAUUAUGUAUCUUUGCAUGGAGGACGAAUACAUACUCUUGGCCACUGUUUUUUAAACGCUUUGAUAUAUUUUGUUUCCAUUGGUGUUUACUUUUUUGUCUUUUUCUAGACUUCCUUUCAGUAGAUUCUGGCGCCACAUGAUUUUCGUUUACGUUCAAUGUUUGUCCUGGUUCUAUAUUAUUUUCACUAUAUGCAUUAGCAUUAUCCUCCAAGACAGCCACAUUUGUCGCAGACCUAGAAGAGCUGCUAGGUGUGCUUGAUGAGCUCUGCUUGGAACUUGAUGAGCUGCUGCUGUCGGACGUCGAUGUACUUGAGGAGCUAGAAGAGCCGCGACGAGUAGAAGGUCUAGUUUCAUAUACAGGUAUUGGCUUUUUUGUACGACGUGGUGGCUUAUACUCUGAUCCUUCUGGUGAAAAAUCUCCAUUACUUAAGGAACCAGAAAUAUUGCUUUUCAUUAAUUUAGGAUCCUGGUUUUCAAAACCUAAAAGAAUUAUGAAAAAAAAGCAUAACAAUUAUGGACUAACAAUCAAAAGUUGCGGUAUUUUGAAUUCGUAUCUAAAGUUGUAUUUAUCGUUGGAAUAAUAUCUAUUGCUUCAGAAAGGUCUUCCACCAACUGUACUAACUUAGGAUCCCUGUUUUCUAAAUCUUAAAAAAAUAAUAUUAAUUAAUAUCUAAAUAGAUAAUAAAAGAUAUUUUAAUGUAGAUUUUAAUUUAAAGGUAAAAAAGUUAAUAUUAAUAGCAUUAAUCAACAUUCUAGUAGUUAUUUUCUAUCCAAACCCGAUGUUUCAUUAUUUAAUAUAGACGCCGGUGUCUUUAAUUCUUCAUUUUUGUUUAACCACGUCUCGACCUUGGCUUUGGAAGAAGAAUCUUAAAAUAAAUAGCAAAAUUGAGUAAAAAAUAUACUUGUAUUAUAUUUGGAAUUAUAUGAAGAAAUCAUGAUAAAGUAUACCUAUUAAUAAUGAAUUAUUUUCUAAAUUCAUAGUUGCAUUAUGGGACUCGAUCUUUUUCAAGCAGGAAAUUGCUGGGUUGUCCUCCAGAGGAUGUUGCCUACUGUUUUUUUCUUCAAGCAUCAUCAACAUUUUUUUACUUGGAGAGCCCAUUUUGUUCUGAAAUUUUGAGAAAUCCGAAAAAACAUAAAUGCAAAAUCAUAAAUGUCAUCUCGAAAACGCUGGCUUUCUUUUUUUUGCUCGUACGAAAUAAAAUGAUAUUUUUACAGAAAUAUUUUCUGCACCUUAACCUGUUUCACUCAAAAAUUUUAAGUAAAACCCCAAAAGUUUUGUAUAUAUAUAUUUUUUUACUGUUCACCUGACUCCUGUAGAUGGGGAAAGACCCUGUACAUAUUGAUCUCGAAAAUUGAGUUUAAACUAAUUUUAGCAAGACCGCUGGAACAGUAUUUUUUACGCACCUAGACCGAUUGCUUUUCUCGGAAAACUAAAAUUUAUGUUAACAGCCUUUAGAAGCUCUUUACAUUUGCCCUUGUCAAGGUCAUCAUACAAAAAUUGAAAAUGUCACUCCGGAUGUAAAGAUUUUCAAUAUCAAUGUAAAAAAUAGCAGUCCUAAAUAAAUGACCUUGAAAUUGAAAGAUGAAUAUCUACAUGGUUGAAAACAUUUGCAGCUAAUUUAAUUGAUUUAGACAUCUGCAGCACUUAGCUUGCAACAUUUCUAAAAUUUUAUUUUGGUAGACCCUGACACUCUUUCAGAAUUCGACUUUAUCAAGGUCGCCACAAAACACCUUUCUUGAACUUCUACAUUGAUCUCAAUGUCAAAUCUUCAAAAAGGUGACCCUAUCGUUAUGAAUAACUUUUAAAUCUAUUUUUUUCAAGGUAAGUAUUGUGGAAGAAUCAGUGUGGUAAAAGGAAUCAAAUCACUUUAACAUUGUUAAAGUGCUUUUUUUAUUUUUUUAUAUGUUUAUUGUACCUCAAAAAGUGGUAAAACCGUAAAAUGCUAUUAAAUUCAGGGGUGCGUUAUUGACAUUGUGUUCGAUCUAUUUUUUUUUAAUUAAUAUUCUUUUUUUCAUUAAUAUUCUUUUUACAAUUUGGUUUGCAAUAAGAGUUUAUUUUAACAAAAAAUGGAUCCAGGUUCAACUGAGAAAUAACAACUCUAAAUCUUACAGUACCAGUUAAUGUCUUUAAUGCAGUUCUUAUGGUACUUAAUAAAAAGCCAGCUUAUAAGGACCAGGAAAACUUUCUGAGGUAUUGCAUGUUGUGUAUAUUAUAAACUUUUUAUGACCAUUUUUUAAAAGGCUGCCUUAUCAAAUUACGUUCAGAAUUGCAAUUCAGAAAUGCAGUUUUCGUCUUCGAGUCUUAAUCAGAUAAAAAAGAAUAAAACUAUUCCAACAUCUUUCUGGAACUUGAAGUAAUUGCAAAAAAGUGCAGUUCUCUGUCAUGUCAUUCAUUGAUGGAACAUUGAUAAUAGCGUUUUAAUCAGGUUCUUUAUUUCUUACUUUUUGGUUAUGACUUCAACAUCUGCUACUAAAAAAAAGUUGUAAUUCAGUCUCUCGGUUAGUGAUACUUGCCUUUUAUAAAUUACUAAAUAAUGUGUUCUUCUGUUAAGGAUUCGGUUGAGAUAACUUCGUCAUCGAUUGCUAGAAUUUCUUUGACAUCAAAAUCUAAUAAUAAUAAUAAUAAUAUAUCUUUAUUUAGCAAAUAUACUACAUACAAAUCUCAGUGGGUUUAAAUAAUUAAUACAAUAUUGAUAUAUCUAUAAGUAAUAAAAACUAAUUUAAAAUACAAAUAUUAUCAACAAACACUUAUGAUAAAAUUUAAAAUAUGUGCUCUCAGUAAGCGUUUAAAUUGGUUGAUGUCAUCACUAAUUUUUAUGUUAUUGGGUAGUUUAUUAAAUUCUAACAGACCUUUAUAGAGCACGAAAUUGAGCAUUGAGCAUAGUGUUACAUUUAUAAGAUAAGAGUAUAAAAUCUGUACAAUUUCUUAUUUCUUCUUGUCAAUUUUAAAAUUGUCCUCAUGGCCCUAUUUUGGAUUUUUUCCCUCUGGUAAAUUUUAUAUUGUGGCAAAUUAUAUAACAGGGUUGAACAAAACUGCCAAUGGAGAAGUACUAUGCCAUUAUACAAACAAAUUUUAGCCUAUCCUUGCUAUAAAUCCAACUUUCUUUGCAAAUUUUCUCGUAAUAUAGUCUACCUGAGUUUUGAAAUUUAAGUUAGAGUCCUAUAUUAUACCUAAAUACUUUUUCAUCAUAAAAAAAAUCCUGUAGGUUCGUUAAGGUUUCUUUAAUAAUGUCCUGUCAAAGCAUAAAAUUUGUAGUAUUUAAACAGCUCACUAAAAACUUUAUCAAUUGUUUUUAACGUUAUUUUUCCAGGUCCAGGUCUUCAGUAAAUUUAUAACUCCUGGAUUUCUGGGCUGCAGCUUUGAACUCAUUUUAGGAAAGGAACUUUACCUAUAGCAAAAAUUGUCUGUGUCCCAUUGGUGCACUUCAGUAAACAAUUUGGUUCUUAUCGUUUACUGUUUGAUUAAUAUUUAAAUUGUUUUUAAAGCCGUUUUCUUUUUUCUGGAAUUCUAAUUAUAGGCGUUUAUCCAAAGGUUGCUUUUACUAAGAAAUGAAAGGCGUCGAGUGUAAUUUAUCCAAAGAAUUUAAAAAACGAAAAAUAUAUAGUGUUCCUUUAAAAAAAGCAAGUUGAUACUGGUCAUCACUUGGCGGUAUGUUAAUUGAUAUUGUGAUUUUGAGUACGUUGAAAUUAUAGUACCAUCAUUACAUUAUUUUUUAAGCUACAUUUGAAAAAAUCCGUGCAGCCUUUGUUGCUUGUCAAUCGUUAAUUGUCUAUAAGAAAAGCUUUUUAAAAUCGAAAAUAUGUAUCUUAUCCUGGCUAGUGUUGGGAAAUACGGUAAGUUUCCGGUAACCGGUGAAACAGCGACGGUAAUUUCUAAAUCACCGUAAUUUGAAUCACCGCAGUGACCGAGUAUCAAGAGUAAACACAAAAUCAGAAUAUGAGGUCCAAGAAGACCCAUAUAUUUUUAUAUUAUUUAUGUAGCUCUUGUCGACUUAUUUAUUUAAAAAAAAAAAGAUAAAAAUUUAAGCCCCUUAAAUAAAUAAAAAUAACACAAAAGAUACUUUUCUUUUUUCCCAUCAAAUAAUUAUUAUCAUUAAGAAAAAUCAUUUUUCAGAUUUCUUUGAAGUUAAUUUGUUUCUAGAGUCAGUUAAUAUUAACCCAGUUUUGGAAAACAGCCUUUCACAUGGAACCGAUAUUGCACAUACACAGAGUCUUUCCUUAGCAAGUUCACUGAGAUUGGGGAAGUUACAAUUCUGUUUGCAAAAAUUUAAUGGAUCCUGAUUUCUUGGCAGAAUGUCGAUUUCAAAAUAAUGCUGAAUUUCAAUAAUAAAUUUACUGAUUGUAUUAUUUUUAUGUUGUAAAACUUGUAAAUAUCCCCAUAUUAAAAAUUCAUCUUUAUUUUCUUCGUCGGCGGGGUUUAAAUCAACGCUUUCACUUAGUAGUUGCUUUUUGUUUUAUGUCGAUUUUAGCAGCAACCAAAGAAAUUACCUAUGUUUUUUGUAUCUUCCGCUAUUCCACUGUUUUGGAAUGCUAGUAAUUUAAAUCGUGAAUCCAGAAAUGCUGCGUUAGCCAAAGAAUUAAUAUUUUCACAAGGUCAUGUUUUUUUUUCAUAUGAACGCAAUACCUUUGAAAGUUCCUUGCAGAGAUUCCAUUCAGACGUACUUUAAAGCAGGUACAUUUCCGUAGUCUAAAAUUGCUAUUGUGCUUUUUACAGCAUUUUCUAUAGUUACAAUGCCGUCAAGCAUAUAAAAUGUUGAAUUCCACCGAGUGGCAAUUCAUUGUGAGUGGCAUUCAAUUAAAUUCAUUUUAGUGGAUCGGCAGAUAGACUAGUUCCAACAAUUGCUCUAAUUUUAGUGAGAAGUCAAUAUCAAUAAUGUCAGGCUCACAUAACGAAUUUCCAAAUUGAAAGUAUAGGCAAAAUAUUCAAACUGUUUCCAGCCUAAUUCUUUGAUGUUAGCGUUUUUAGUAUUGGAAGCGUUAUCAGAAACUACCAAAAUUAUUUUUCUUAAAAGGUUCCAAUCUGAUACAACUCGGUUUAUUGUUGCAGUUAAAUUUUGGCCAGUAUGAUGGCCUUUCAUGGGUGAACAUUUAGGCAGCAAAGAUCUAAAUUGGAAAUUGUCAUGAGUGAAAUGACCAGUGAGUGCAAUGAAACUUUCCAUAUUAACUGAGGUCCAGCAAUCAGUUGUUAAACAUAUUUUUAACGCUGCUAUUUACGAAUUAACGACAAUCGUUAAGGCACUCCUCAUAUCGUACAGGUGUACUGGAAAUUUUCUUUCUAUUGGAACGUUCAUAUGAAGGAUUUAGUACGUGAAAUUCUCUAAACCCUAAAUCUUCUAAGUCCGUUCCUUAAUUUCCAAUUCCCGUAUCCUCUCCCAAUUCUGAAGCUUUGAUAAUCUUUUAUAAACAACUGCAAACUUUUUUUUAUUUAUUUCGUUCACUCUUCAUUUUUUAUUUUUUUGGCAAGUAUGUUUUUUGUUAAGUGUUAUGUUAAGUAUAUAAGUACUCGAUUUUGCCAAUGCAACCGAUAUGCCAAAAGUUGAUGGAGUGACAAAUUGUGAUGCUGCUACUGCUACUUAUCUGUGUUGAUCAAAUUUAUUUUAAUAUUCUUAAUUCAAAGAAACAAUAAAAUUAUCAAAGAAAAGCGGCACGUUUGCCCUUUAUCGAUAUCGGGUCGAGCGGCAUGUUUAUAGCUUUUCUUUGACCUGACCUGCACUGCUAAACAAUAUAAUCUAUGUUAAUUCAUAAUAUGUAGUUUUCCUUCAUAUAUUUUUAACUAAUAAUGAUAUAUCAUAUUUUCGGUGGUCAUCCGAUUCUGUUAUCGAUGCCAAUUCACUGAUUGUGGUAUUCGCUUCGAUCACCGAUCACUGUAUUUGCAAGACGUAAAUCACCGGUAUUGCCAGUGAUUUUCCAUUCACCGGUGAAAUGUUGCUGUUAUCGAUAUAUCGCCCUACAGUACGUUUUUUUGGGAAAUUCUAAAUUUGUUUAUCUAAUUAAAUCGUAUAUCGUACAGAAAUAUGCAUCGAACAAAAAAUUAAAAUAAUUAAGUUUUCUACAAUUUACUUUUUGGGAUUAAAGUUAUAUGACCAACGUUAUGUUACAACAAAAGUUAAACUGGUAAAAAACACGGAAAAAAAUUUUUAAUCGAAUUUAUUACAAUUGAGUAAUAAAACAGUAAAAACUAAUUAUUUUAGUGAUUUUGAUGUCCCCUAGCUUUGUAUGUAGACAAUUUAAUUAUAUUUUCAUCUUAUACAUUUCCGCUUAUUUUAUGCUUGCCUCAUAAACCACUAACGACUGACAAAAACAACUAUAAUUAUACACUACUGUCCUAAAGUAUAAGGACAUCUUCGAAAAAUUCUAUUUUUUGAGUUUGUGAUAAUUUUUUAUUAUAUUCAACAGCACUUUAUUAUUAAAUCUUGUAUAUAAACUAGAAUAUUGACUAUUUUGUCAAUUUUUUUUAAUCUUCACUUUUUCUUUCACUUUUAGACUGUUAAACAACUGUUUUUCACUGGUCACGUGCAUGUUUUUUAUCUGCCUGUCCACCUAAUUCCAUAAUAAUUCUAUCGAGUUGAAGUCGGGGAAUUACGGAGGUCAAUCCAUGAUUUUGAGCACACCUUCUCUUCCUUGGACCGUAGAUAGUUCAAGUGUAGAUGGAAAGUGUACUUGGGAUCAUUGUCUUGCUGAAAGAUAAAUCCAUUGCUGAUCAAACCAAUGCCAGGUGGUUGGUUAUAUUAUUGAGCAAACAAUAACCUUUUCCGCUUGUUUUGUAGUCGUGAAAGUGUUUUUUUUUUCACAGCAACAAAACCAAAAUAGCCUUCCUCUCGCAAACGACGUUUGACAAUAUCCACCAAAAUUACUUUAGUCAGGAUUUUGUUGAGUUCGGCAUGAACAACAACGUGUAAAAUUUAUAAAAAGACGCAAUUGCCGUCUAGAAACACCGAUUUAUCUCAAAUUUCUGUUUUAUUUUUGAAUUCUGUAUGUUAUUAAAAAAAAUCACUUCUUAAAUUUUCAAGCAAGUAUACACGAAACAAAAAUUUUCAGGUAAAACUGAAAACAUGAUUAAUUCGAACAUAAUCUCAAAAACGCACCACUGAAUUUACUAGUAUUUGCCAUUUUAUAAUCUUAAAAUGUUCACUGAACAUCUAAAACAAAGAAAAUACGUUAGUUUCUUUCUCACGUAUAUAAUCGAUAGCCUAAACUAGCUUGUGCCAGACCCUCUAUGGAAAGUGUUUCAUUUCAAAUUGCUCUGGCCAGUUUUAACAUAUGUUAUAAGACUGGUAAAUAGUUAAGGAGUUUCACAUACUGUAUCGUUAGAAGGUGAACUUAGUUGUGAUAUAAUAGACUUUUUUUUAUUUUUAACACCUUUAUUGCGCGAUUGCUAUUUAAACAAUACAAAGUAUUGUAUAAAACCACAAACUGAACAGAAAUGAAAUAAAUCCUUGGAAAGGAUUAAAUAUUACUCUAUGACAACUUCCAAGAAAAUUGUUAAUUUUUAUGUAAUCUUGUCGGCUCUUUGUUUUCAUUUUGUAUAUAAAUUAAUGGAAAAAAAUGCAUGUAUAUAAAAUAUAAUGAAGAGUAGAGAUUUCGUUUGUUGACAUUACUUUAAAUUUUGCUUGAAGUUUUCGUUUCGAAUUAGUUUUGUAAAAAUCCGAGACAUUUUGUAAUUAUUCUUUGUUUGAUUUUAAAGUUUAUUCUAACGUUGAUGUUAAAAGAAGGGUCAAAAACACACGAAGUCUUGUUAAAAUAUAUUUACUAUAAGCACAGCCCGAUACCCCUUCAUAUUGUAAGUGUUUAGGGUAGUACUAUUCUAACUGCUAUAAUACCAGGGACUUUUGUCACCCAUAUUGAAACCUUUUGUUAAGGUUCGUUUUUUUUUAAAUUGAUAAUUGUAUGUAAUUUGCAUUAGGUAGUAGUUCAGAUUCAGUUAUUGUACUUUUAUUAAAAUGGUAAUAUAUUAUUUAUAAAAAUA